AUGAAUUCAAACCAUUUUAAACUCCUGUUUUAAAAACAUUACUUCAGAUAAAAGGAAAAAAAAAACCUUUUUUAGUUAUUUUAUUAAAUUGAUUAGAGCCGCGAAAAUCAGCAAAAAAAAAAAUGGCCAUGACAACGUGGUACACCAUUCUGUCGGACUUUCAAUUGGAAGCCCUCCACGAGCUGGCCUACGCCAUCAGGGAUGACGCCGAAGUGGGCUCCACCGUCCGGACUAAGUUCUGCCUCACGAGGCUGGGCGUAACGCCGAUGCUCCGGCCGAGCACAUUGCUGAAACUCAUCUUGCUGAGCCGCAAGAGCACCCUGGCCUUCCUCUACUUCCUCCUGGAGGGCUACUACAAGUCGUGUCAGGUGUCCCUGACCUACGCCGAGCAGAUCCUGAUGUCCUCCAUCAUGUCUCUCGAUCUCGAGAUCACUUUCCGGGAGCUGGAUCGCAUCCUGCCGCCGGGAUAUGAGCCUCGCCGCAAGCAAAAGCAGGCGCCGCAGGUGUGUCACCGGAUUGAGGCACGAAAGGAACGCCAAGUGUCCAAGUCCAAGUCCCCUUACUUCCAGAAGCAGCCCAGGCCUCCCGGUGAUGGGCGGGGACAGAACCGCUUCACCUGUCAGCACAGCAGCCACGUGGUGGCCUUUCCCUUCUGGCCAGUGGGCCAAAAGGCCACCUACAGAGUUAACGAGAGAGAGCGCUGGUUCGCCACCUACCAGUUCCAGCCGGUCAAGCGGAUGCUUCUGGGGCUCGUGUCCGACAUCAUGGCCGAGUACUGGGAGAAGUUGAGUCUGGGCGAGGCCGUCGAUGGGCAGGCGGCGCUGUGCAGCAAUCACAAGGAGACACUGCGCCUGGAGCAGCUCGUGAAGGAUGAACUCACGGUAAGGGCUCGCGACCGUUGCCUCGACCUGGUGGACCUGGCCGUACGCGAGGAUGUGCGCCUAAAGAAACGAGUGAUCGCUAUUCUGGACAAGGACAUUGAGGACUCCACGCUGCGUUGGCAGAAGCUCAAGGGAUUGCAGUAUACGCAGGUGGGUCUGGUCAGCCAGGAUGGAGUUGUGAGCGGCACACGCGCUGUGCCCACACCCGUUGGCCCCGCCGCAAUGAAGUAUAUGUGCCAGGAGGGUGACGUCGGACGUCUGGGGACAUCGAACACUGCCGCCGUGCAGCUGAUCACCGACCAGAAGCGCUUGAGGGCUGUGGGCGGGGCGCGCGUGUCCGAUCCCGAGGAGGAGCCAUGUCUAGUCCUGGCCCCCGAGGGCACUGAACUUGAACUGCCCAACUGUCCGCCCCCACAUGCCAGGGGUGAUAGAAAGAGCGCGACCCGGUUCACGAUCAUGGAAAAGGACCUGGAGGAGCCCUCGAGUGAGCAGCUGGCGACCUCGCCUCGCAGGUUCUUCGAGGCAGCCAAGCUGCACCAGCCCUUCCUGUUCCACUACCAGGAGAUAUCGCCUGAUAGGCCAGAAACCCACCAGACCAUCAUGAGAAGGCAGGCCCUGCGAUCGCUGAAAGACACUCCCGAAGAUGUGUGCGAAGAUGCGGAGAGCAAUGCAACCAGCUUCAAUUAUAGGGCACAGGUGGUCGAGGCAAUUGUUCAGUGUGCGCAGAGCAUGUGGUUCGGCUCCCUGGAGGCCUAUCAGCGGCAGUGGGAGCAGGAGAACAAUCCGCCCCCUCCAUUGGGUCCCAACUGUACGCCGGACAAGACAAAUCCCCUGUACUGGAUCGAAGAUAUCAAAUAUUUUGAUCCCGACAACAGCAAGCUGAUGGAGCGGCUGCGGCGAGAUGCCUUCCGAGUGCUGCGGCGCGAUCCCCGGCUGGUGUUCGCGGCCUUCCCCAACUCCCACACGGCGGUGGUGGUGCAAGAGUGGAUCAAGCGGCGCUACGGAAAGGUCUACUCCCACAACGAGCUCGAUCUAAAUGCCAAGAUAGCGGAUCAAGCCUUCCUUCAUGUGAUUUCCCAGCAGACAAAUGCUCCCAGUGUCCAGAAGGAGGAACUGCUCGGCGACUACAACUACAGCCACAAACCCAAGUUGGUUGCCACGGCCACCAGACUCAGGAACGAGUACUAUCACCACCUGAACGAGAAGCUGCUGCAUGAGACCCGCACCUGCUGGAGGGCCAUGCGUCCCCAGUUCUUCAAGUCGGCGACUGUCAAGAGCUGCUUCUUCGCCUAUCUUCCCUCUCGUCACGCGGAGUUGUUGCGUAGGUGAAGAAAAUUCCCAAAAACGGUUUAACAAUUAUUAAGCUCCAAAUUUGUUGUAUGUAUUGGUAAAAAUUUUUAAGUUUUCUUUGGCACUAGCAUCAAAUUGUAUUGUAUACAUAUAAACUCUUAAAAAUAAAUAUACUCUUAGAAAUA